GGGGGAGGGACGGGGGUUUGUGUGUCUUCCGUUGACGGUUGGGUUUGGGCGCGAAGGCGGCGCGCGAUUGGCCGGAGCGGGAGAAGCGGCGCGCGAUUGGUCGCCCCGCGCACCGGGACCCGAAAUGGCGCCAUAUUUACAUUUGAGUUAAAUGAACUUAACACAGAGAGAGAGAGAGAGAAAAGAGACUGAGAGACGAAGGGGAAGAGAGAGAGAGGAGAAGAAGAAGAAGAAGAAGAAAAAAAAAGGCGGUGUUUCGUUACCCGGACACGGUUGGCGAUCGGGCCGUGGGCCGAGGUGAUUUGACCCCGGGGUUGCUGGCUGUCGGAGCUGCCCUCACGAACAUGAAUAUUUGAGUAUGUUUGAAAACCCUACUUUUUCAUCUAAUGGAGUUUCCUUACAAUAAUACUGAAAGCCACCGGGCGCAAUGGGCUCCAGAGCAUGGACUAAUACCUUUGAGCUUCCCCAAGACGAAGGUGGCAUUAUGGAAUCCAGCUCCUCUUGGUGAUACAAUAAGUCUGCACCUUGCUUAUUAUAGAAACCCAAAAUUGCUUGUGGUGGAGAGGACUCUACGCUUAGCUCAUCGCCAUGCCAAACAGACUGAAAGAAAUCAGUUCUUCUGUUUUCUGCUAGGAUCAGUUGUACACGAUGUUGAUGACGAAGGUGUUGCAUUAAUGGUGGAUCGCCUGGAUCCCGGGAGAGAAGUUCCAGGCCGUUCAGAAAAGAUCCCUACUGCUCUUCUUCCUGGGGAUUUCCUCAUUCCCUGCAUUAUUGAUGCACGGGGAACUACUUUCAGCGACAUCAUCGUCCAUUCUGCAGAAGAUUUUAACAUUGCAUUUCAGAUGCUGCACUGCUAUUGCUGCAGUAAGGAAACAAUCGACCAUUCUAGACUUCUUACUAUGAGGGCCCACAUUACCUGCAUUGAGAGCAUGGACAGUUUGCGUCUUGAACUUCACUGGGCAGCUGUUACAGUAGCAAACAUCUUUGAUGCUACACCAGUCAAUCCAGUUCCUAUAAUCCCUACAGCUUUGGCAAGAAAUUUAACCAGUCCGAUCAACAUUGCUCAGGUUCAGGGAACAUGUAAAUUUGGGUACCUUACAAUGGAUCAAACACGAAAGCUUUUGUUAAUUCUUGAAUCUGAUCCCAAAGCUUUCACUCUGCCUUUAGUAGGAAUUUGGCUGAGUGGUGUAAUCCAUAUUCAAAGUCCACAAGUCUGGGCCAGCUGUUUACGUUAUAUGUUCAGCUCUUCAAUUCAAGAAAGGGUAUUCUCAACUGAGCAGAAAAGUUUUCUUCUGGUGCUAUAUUCACUUACACACAAGGAGCCAGAAUUCUAUGAAUGUCACCCUUAUGGUGAGCACCAGAAACUAGAUUUUCAGCUUCUUACCAGCACUGAAGUAAUAAAUCUUUACAAGAAUGCCGAAUCAUCAGGAAAACAACCAAUUGAAUUUGAACUUAGUGAAAAUCAGAACUCGGAGAGUGAUUUCUUCAAGGAGGUGGCUAGCAAAAUUGUAGGGAAUUGUCUGCAGCUUGAAUUGCCUUCAAACAAGAUAUCUGGUGGAGAUCAGGACUCUGGUGUGGGGGAAGAGGAUCUUUCUCCACGACCAAUGCCAAGCCCUCACCCUGUUGGCCAGCAGUUUCCAAGGAUCUGCCCUUCUGUGCCUGAGCUAUCAAUAGUAUUUGAUGGAAGCUUUAUAGAGCCAAAGAAUUCUACUACAAAACCACAUCAAAAUAAGGCUCCAAUCAUGCCUCCAAAAAAGAAUGCAACAUGUGGAAAUUUUAAUUUAAUGAAACCAUAUUCAGAAAAUAGGCAACCUGGAUUGGUAUCCCAUGGGGCAGCACCAUUUCAAAAACAAACUUGUCCUCCUUCAAAGCAAUCAAUACCAUCUGCCAAGUCCAAUAGAGAAAUGCCACCACCGCAACAUACCAAUUUUCAAAAAAGUAGGCAAUUUGUGAGGAAGACUUCUAGCUCCUCCUGUUCAUCAUCAUCAUCCUCUACUCCACUAAGUGGCCCUUCACCAGAUAGCACCAUGGACCAACCCAAAUUGCUUUCACCGACUAAUAGGGUUGAGGCAUUGCAUAAUGUAGUGUUGAGAAAAGGGGCAUUUCCUUCCAGAGGCAGGCAAUCUCUGCCCAACACCAGACAGCCACCUUCUCCGAUCAAAUCCAAUAGACCGUCUCUGCAGCAUACUCCCACCUUCCUGCCUCAUUCGCCAGUAAGAACUUCUGAAAUUCCGAUGAUGGGGCCACCACCGCAUUUCCCUAUUCAAUAUCCAACUCACUACUGUAAUUGCUGCCAACAUCAUGGGCCUUACUGCGUACCUUCAAUGAAUGCCAAUUGGCAAGGAAAUGGCCUAACUUAUGGUUCUACAGGGGUCCACUCACCUAUAUGUCAUGACUGUAACCCUGUAGUUUGUCACCAAAAUCUGGGGCUUUCACCUAUUUCCCACUAUAAUGCUGUAUAUGGUAAUACCAGCCCCAUGAACCAGAGUUUCCAAUCGCAGGUGAAUGGUUCACCUCCAAAGAACACCAAUAUAAAAUCACUAGGAAAUCCACAUGCUUCACAGCAAAACCCAUGUAAAAGUUGUACAGGACCUUCUGCGUGUGUGCCCUUUUCUGGGGUUAGAAUGGGGCCUGACCAAGAAGCAAAUGGAGCCAUGGGUUUGCCUGUUGAUGCUUACAAGAUGCUCGUGGAACAAGACCGACAACUAAAGCUGCUUCAAGCUCAGAUUCAACGGCUUUUGGACACUCAGACCUGUGCUGUUAGGACCCCAGCCGGGAUCCCCUGUGCUUCAACGAGUGUUGGUAUCUCCAACCUCGUACCGCAGCCAGAGAGACAAAUGGAUUUUGAUAAGAUGGAAACCCAGACAUCUGGAAUUCAAAUGAGGAAAAGUGUCAGCAUUGCUGUUAACACAGGUGCCAGUUUGUUCUGGUGCCCACCAGAUGAACACCAAGUGCAACAAUCUAUGUCUUCACUCAAGCUGAAUGACUCUGAACUGUCCAAAGAAGAUGUGGCCAUCCCUGUCGCAGUUGAGGAUACCAGUAUUACUUCAUCACUAAAUGCAGUGGACAUUUGCAGCUUUGCAGAGAGCAGUCAAGAAACCUCCAAGCAAACCACUGCUGAUGUGCAAAACUCUGCACGUGAAGAUGCAGAAAAUGAAUACAACGACCAAGUCAGUUUUCAGAGCCCAGUGCUUGGGGAGAGUGCCAGCAUAUGCCUUCAGAGAUGCCGUUCAGAUAUAGGUAACAAAGAGGUGCCAAAAACUGAGGAACAUGCUAUAGAACCACUUGCUAACCCUUGUUUACAAGAUGAACAGAUGUUUUAUCAGCACUUAAUGGGCCAAGUGAAUCAAAUUUUACAGUCUUCACCAAGUGAAAACCAAGGAAUGGAUGAUGAAGUUGUUGAGUCAGAAAUUUCUGAAGUCAUGCAGACUAGUCGCAGUAGGAAUAAAAGAUCUAAAACCCACACUUAUCUGAAAGAUGAAAAUGAUGUGCUGAGUGCAACCAUGAAACAGCUCAAGAAAAUGGGAGUGCAAAUUGAUUUGGAAACUUCCAAUUCAACAAAGAAAAUAAAAAAUAAAGUUGAAAAUGCAAGUACCCUGGCUUGCAUACACCCUGCAGCAGUUAUCCCAAGGUUGAACUACAUGUCCUUUGCCAAUGUGAACACAAGUGGGUUUGGGACUGGUGCAGUUGACCUCAGCAUGGAGGCCAAUGCUAUAGCCUUGAAGUACCUGAAUGAUUCUCAGCUUUCACAGAUAGCUCAGAGCAGAAAUGACACCAACGAUCAAUCGCAUAAUCUUCUACAGUUAAACCCAGACAAAAGCCUGGUAGGGCUGAGUCUGAUUUCACCCAAUAACAUGUCAUUUGCUACACGAAAGUACAUGAUGAGGUAUGGACUCAUAGAGUGUGAUAAUAGCAGUGAAGAGGAGGAAGAUUCACUUGAGGCCAUUGAUCAACAUGAAAGUGUUGCCUUUAGAAAAGAAAAAAUUGAAAAAGUAAGUGAAGGAAAGAAGAGUAUUAACAAGCACCGUUCUCCCGGGUCUUUCUCCGAAAUGGACAGGAAUGUUCUAAGAAACAUUUCAAAUGGGAUUGCUUCCUCAAAGUCAGUAAAUAUUGUGGAGCCUCCUAUCCAACAAGAAUCUCAACCAUAUUUAAAGAGUGUGAAGCCCAAAAUGAAGAUGCAUGUUGGAGAAACCUAUUACACCCAACAUCCUGAAAAGGAAAAUGGAAUUGAAACCCUUCUGACUUCUAAUAAAAUCAAACCAAUCUCUCCUGAAACACCGAAACACUCAGAAAGUAACAGUAUGGUGGGCAACAUCCUUGAUGUCAGUCGGCUCCGACAAUUACCCAAACUCUUUUAGAGAAUUAGUCAUUCAUAUCUCGCGAGAUGAGGAAUUACUCAGGCCAUGCUUUUACAUUAAGUUUACUUUGCUUGUAUUCUGGUUUUGCCGUGAAUUUUAAUGGUUUACAUGAUCCGUUUAUGGUAGCAAAUGUACAUAGACUGUGUUUUAGGUUAUUCUGUCUCUGACUGUAUUUUACAGAUGUGGGGGGAGGUUUAUUUGUAAAUGUCCUGUCCAACUGACACCAUUUUUUUGUGUAGAGUAUAUUAACCUUUGGUAGAAUCUAACAUCAUGUAACACGGAUAUUUUGGUAUUACUAUAAGUAUGUGUAGAUUUGUGCUCGCUAUCACCAGUGCUGACUGGACAAGUGCAGUAAUCAAGUGCAAAACUAGUCGCUCGAGUUUUGAAACAAGCUUAUCUGUUUAGCAUCCAAUUCUGAUCACAUUCUGUCCAAAUUGUUGUAUGGGCUUGUUCAUUCUAUAUUUCUUUGUAUGGUCUUACCACUAACGAAUAACCCAGGUCAACUCAUCUCAGUUUGUUUUGUGGUGUUACUUCCAUAUACACCAGCAAAGGGAAUGUCCUUUCCAUACGUUUCUUUUAAGGCACUGAUUUUAAAGGUCAUGUUUCAGGUAUUUCGUGAAAUUUAUAGAAUUCAGAAAUUUCCGUACACAAAAUGUAUUUGGAGCAUUAAAGUUAGCAAUAAAUAUCCAAUGUUUACUCUUAUUUUGGAACUAUGUCAGCCAUUCUUGGCUGGGCUAUCAGAGAAAAACCUGUUGAGAAUUGUUGGCAAUUAAUAAGAAACUGCAUUUAUCGAGAAACCGUGAUGCUGAUUUCCAGUUCUCUGAUAAAAUCCCAGAGACACUUAAAGUGCUUCCUUUUUGAGUGCAGGAAUUUCUGUAUAUAAUCUAUACCAUUUAAGUUUACAGAAAUUCAGAUUUUCUUGGUGUGUAUUUUUACAUUCCUGUGUGAAGUGUUUUAUUAUAAAUGUUCCCUUUUGUGACUGAAUCUAAUGAAUGUUAUUUGCUGAGUGCCACUAUAUAGUGUUAUUGAAUUCAACUUUUACUGGCCUGUGGCUUUUGCACGGUUAUUUAUUCAUUUUAACACUUCCAUAAAUUUGAUGUAAAUUUUUAAUAAAGUCUUGCACA